CGGGGCGGAGCGCUGCCAAAGAGGCAGCUCGCGAGUCGGCGGGAAGCCUGGCUCCGUGCUGACGGCCCGGAGACCUGUUUCCUUAACGGUGGUGAAUAACUGUCAGAGUCUAGAAGAAAGAAGCAUAUUCAUCAGAUAUGGAGGAGGAUACAAAGCCUCUCUUGAUUCCUGUAGGAGGCGAUGAAAGUAAUUAUGGAAUCAUGAAUAUCCAGUUUAAUCCAGAAGAUUUUAAAUGCAAAAGACCAUUUCAUGUGGAGCCUACAAACAUAGUCAGCGCCAAUGAUGACAUGCAAAGAGUCUCUGACGAAGCUUCAGCAAUGAAUAAGCGGAUUCAUUACUAUAGCAGGCUCACAUCUCCUUCAGACAAGGCAUUGGUUGCUCCUGAUCACGUACUUCCAGCUCCUGAUGAAAUCUAUGUAUAUAGUCCGUUAGGAACUGCAUUUAAAGUUGACAGUUGCACAGAUGGCUAUGGUAAAAACUCCAGUAUAGUGACAAUAUUUGUGAUAUGGAAUACAAUGAUGGGCACGUCUAUAUUAAGUAUCCCAUGGGGAAUAAAGCAGGCAGGAUUUACUUCUGGAAUCAUUCUCAUCAUACUGAUGGGCAUUCUGACACUUUAUUGCUGUUACACAGUUGUGAAAUCACGAAAAAUGAUACCUUUAACAGAUACCUCGAACUGGGAAUUCCCAGAUGUUUGCAAGUAUUAUUUUGGAUCUUUCGGUCAGUGGUCAAGCCUGUUAUUUUCUAUGGUAUCUCUUGUUGGAGCCAUGGUUGUUUAUUGGGUGCUUAUGUCCAACUUUCUGUUCAACACAGGAAAGUUUAUAUACAACUUUGUUCAUGAUAUCAAUGUAACAGAUAUUGUUCCAGGCACAAAUGGAAGUAACAAAGUCAUUUGUCCAAAUGCUGCUAGUGAUCACCCACCACAGAACCAGAGUAUGAUAUUCUCUUCUGGGAACAGUACAGGUUUUCAGCUCUUCGAGGAGUGGUGGAGCAAAUCACAAACAGUACCAUUUUACUUGAUUGCUGUUCUUCUACCCCUGCUAAACCUGAAGUCUCCAUCCUUCUUUGCAAAGUUUAAUGUCCUAGGUACGGUUUCAGUUAUCUACUUAGUUCUUCUGGUUACUGUAAAGGCUGCUCACCUGGGAAUUCACUUAGAAUUCAACUGGUUUACAGGGAAUGAAUUUUUUGUACCAGAAUUUAGAGUUCUGUUCCCUCAGCUCACAGGGGUUCUAACGCUUGCCUUCUUCAUUCACAAUUGUGUCAUCACUCUUCUUCAAAAUAACAAGAAUCAAGAAAACAACGUGAGAGACCUCUCCAUUGCUUACUUCCUGGUGGGAUUAACAUAUCUGUAUGUUGGAGUAAUAAUUUUUGCAUCUUUUCCUUCUCCACCACUAUCCAAAGAAUGUAUUGAACAGAAUUUUCUAGAUAACUUUCCCAGCAACGACAUCAUGUCUUUUAUUGCAAGAAUAUUUCUGCUGUUCCAGAUGAUUACUGUAUACCCACUGUUGGGCUAUCUGGCACGGGUCCAGUUAUUAAGACAGGUUUUUGGAAACGCUUACCCAAGUGUUUUCCAUGUGCUUGCUCUGAACGUAGCAAUUGUAGGAGCUGGAGUAGCAAUGGCAAGAUUUUAUCCAAAUAUUGGAGGUAUCAUAAGAUACUCUGGAGCAACGUGUGGUCUGGCCUUUGUCUUUGUGUAUCCAUCACUCAUCUACGUGAUCUCCAUGCAUCGUGCUGGGCAGCUGACGUGGCCAGCGUUGAUCAUUCACAUCUUUAUAAUCCUCCUUGGACUGGCUAAUCUGAUUGCACAAUUUCUAUUCUGAAAGUCCCUUUCUCCCUGUGGCUGUCACGAGUGAUACUGUGACAUUUGGCCACAGCCUUGAGCAACAUUAUCACACUUGAUAAUGCAAUCAUCUUGAGAAAAGCUGCACCUUUGAAAUAAAUUCAAAACACAUCUUACAGGCACUUGAAAGAAAACCUGCUUUGUUCCACUAAAAACACAAUUUUGAGAUUAGUGAAAUACUUCAAAUAUGAUUGGGGUAGUUCGGUUGCUGUUGAAUAUACAUCAAGGGUUAAUGAUGCUCAGAUAUUUUAAUUUUUUAGAGCUAACUUCUCAAAACACUCAGCUUGCAGCCUUAAGCUGUAGAACUCCUCUUUCUUUUGAAAGAACUGUCCUUACCUUUAAUCUGAACGUGUUUCUGUGGUGUUGUUCACUAGCUGUUUGAAAUGUUCUUUUGUUGCAAUUGUUUUACUGUUUUGUUUGGAAAAUGAAGAAAUCAUUUUCUUCCCUUUUUUUCUUUCAUUUUUUACUUUUUUAAAGUUAAUUUAUUGUCAUUUGGGUCAAAAUGCGCUCUUAAUUUUGAAUAUGCUAUUAAAUUGUUUUGGCAACAUUCUUCCUGUAAAAAAUUCCAACUACAAGAAACAAUAAACUCUUAUCCCAGUGUUUUAUUCAGAACCAAUAUGUACACAAGCUAUUUGUGAUCUUAAAAUGAAAAACAUCAGGGGGUUGAAAAAAAAAUAAAACAAGACUCAAUUAAAAUCAGAAUUCCAGGCUUGACCUCACUUCAACUCUUUUAACUAAGUGAAGUUGUCUUGUCAGGAGUUAUUAUAUAGUUCUGUGGGUGCAAGAUGCUUUACAGCCUUGAUGUAUCAGACCUGAGCAGAGACAUUACAGGCAAAGCUAACAUACUUUCACAUUGUGCGUUAAAGGAAGUAAUUUCUGUUUUAGCUGAUUCUUAAAAGAAACUGGAAGAAUAUGGGAAAGGUGGCGGUGUUUCGUUGUUCUUGUUACUAUUGAUUUUGUUUUUAACUUCUUGUUUACCAACCGAGAGAGUGUGCAUGUGUAUGUAUACAACUUCCUUUGCCUGAGGAUCUGAGCCCUAGCCUAAAAUAUGUGUUUACAGCAUUACCUAGAUAAUCUGCCAUAUUUCUCUAAGGAAUAAUUCUGUGAAUUUUUUUUGUGUGGGUUUUUGUAGUGAUGAUGCAGUUCCAUUUGUCUAUUAUGGACUUUUUAAACUUUGCAAAAGACACUGUCUUCCAUAAGUGACCUUUGCCUUGUAUGAAAUACACAUAAUUAUUUCAGA